AUGGGUGACCCUUUCAACAGCAGCAGCAGGGUGUUUAACCGAACCCCUCAGGGUCAUGUCACAUUUGGAAAUCUGGAGGACAUAGACGUGACCGCGGACAGAAGCCCGGUCCUAAGGAUCAUGGUCUCAGUGGUGUACAUCCUCGUGUGCGCAAUAGGCUUAGUUGGGAAUUCGCUCGUCCUUUUCGUCAUGAGAGUGAAACACUGCAGACAGAGCACCACCAUUAAUGUGUUCAUCAUUAAUUUAGCUGUCACAGACCUCCAGUUCGUCCUGACGUUGCCGUUUUGGGCGGUGGAUACCGCUCUGGAUUUCAGCUGGCCGUUUGGAGACGCCAUGUGCAAGAUCAUACUGUCGGUCACUGUGAUGAAUAUGUACGCCAGCGUCUUCUUCCUCACUGCUAUGAGCAUCACUCGAUACUGCUCCGUGGCUUCAGCCACCAAGAACAGUGUCCGUCCCCCAACCUCCUGCUCUGUCAAAUGGGUUUGCGCAUUUUUGUGGGUCUUUGCUACCGUCGCCACCGCGCCAACGUCUAUUUUCUCCACUGUGACCAACGUGGCUGGAGAGAAGCUCUGCUUACUGAAGUUUCCUGCCGGACAUUAUUGGCUUGCCUUUUAUCAUUUGCAAAAAAUCCUGGUUGCUUUUGUUUUGCCCAUGUUGAUCCUUUCCGUGUCCUAUUUGCUGCUUCUGAGAUUUGUGAGAAAGCGAAAUCUGAAUAACAGUCAUUCAAAGCGCAGGAUUCAUGUCACCAAAUCUAUCACAGUUGUGGUUCUUUCAUUCUUUCUUUGCUGGAUGCCGAACCACGCAAUUACAUUUUGGGGUGUUUUGGUAAAGUUGAACGUGAUUCACUGGGAUGAGGCGUAUUAUAUUGUCCAUACUUAUGUGUUCCCCGUGACUGUUUGCUUAGCUCAUACUAAUAGUUGCUUAAAUCCGUUUAUAUGUUGUCUUACGAGAAGGGCUUUGAGAAAGAAACUGAAAAAUUGUUUGUCAAAUAUUGCCCCUUGGGUAUUAAAGAGGUCUUUUCAGAAAUCUGGAAGGCAUGCAUGA